AUGACAAAAAAAAACAAUAAACGAAAGCUUGAAGAAGUUGAGGCUGAAGAGGAUCUGAUCAAAGAGGUUAAAAGACAACCAAUUGAUUGUGAAGCAGUAGGUAUUGGCCCUGAUGGAACAGAAUCAGCACUUGCCAGAGUCACAAUUGUUAAUUUUCAUGGAGUGGUAGUAUUGGAUAAAUAUGUAAAACCUUUGGAUUAUGUGACAAAUUUCAGAACAGAAAUCAGUGGAAUAACUAGAAAAAUGCUCAUAAAUGCUAAUAAAUUUAAAGAUGUACAAAAAGAAGUCUCGGAUAUAAUCAAAGAUAGAAUUAUUAUUGGACAUGCCAUUCACAAUGAUCUAAAGUUAUUGCUAUUAGAUCACCCAAGCAGCAUGAUACGAGACACUUCCAAAUAUAAACCAUUUCGUAAACAUUCCAAUGGAUCGAGUAUGCUUGAAAAUCAAUUCACUACAAAACGUAUUAGAUUAGAUUCAAAAGAGAAAAAAGAGCAACAGAAUGGUUCAAGUUCCAAAUUUCCAAUUCCUUACGAAACAAAUGAUGAUUCAGUAGAAACUGAUGAAAAAUUAAUACCAAUUAAUUAUAAUUCUGCUAAACAUGGAAAGGAUUUUGUUUUUCCUUCACACUCUGACUUCCUAGAUAACCCUGGUUAUUCUCGACAAUACAUAAAUAACAGUAAUACAAAGACACCGAUUAAAAAAUUGGUUAUUAAACCACUUAAAGUAAAACCAUCAUUACCUUCAGAUUUUGAGGAAAAAACAUGGGCAAAACUUGCAAGUGCGAUUCAAGCAAUUUAUAGUUCUAAAUCAGUGAAUGAUAGUCUUGAAGAGCUUUAUAAAGCAUGUGAAAAUCUUUGUUUGCACAAAUUAUCUAAAUCUCUUUAUCAAAAAUUGCACAGCGAACUUGAAAAACAUAUUUUGUUAGAGGGUGAACAAAUUCAAAAGGAUUUAGGCUUGGAAUUAUUUAGAAAACAUAUUAUGAUAGCAUCUAACAUACGUGCUAAAACUCUGAGUGGAAUAUUGUCAUUGAUCAAACAAGAAAGAGAUGGAGAUGCAGUUGAUUACGCACUGAUCAAGUCACUUAUUAGGAUGUUCAUUGAUCUCAACAUUUACUAUCAUGGAUUUGAAAUUCCAUUUUUGGAAGAAACCCGCAGCUAUUUUAUGAUUGAGGGUCAACGUCUGGUCAGUGAAUUUUCUGUACCACAAUACUUGAGUCAUGUCUCAAAUCGAUUAUCAAUUGAGAGUGCAAGAGCUGCCGAAUAUUUAGAUAAGAAAACAAUGGAUCCCCUAUUAAAAGCUAUUGAUGAAGAACUAAUAAUGAAACAUAAAACUGGUACACAAAUAGUUACUGAUACUAAUAAUGAAUCAGACAUGGUAUCAGAAUUGUUAACAUUGAAAUCAAGGAUGGACUCGAUUGUUAAUGGCCCAUUCCAAACUAAAUAUGUGGAUCAGAAAUUACGUCAAGGAAAUAAGAGUAUGAAUGAUACCGAAAUGGAACAUAUGUUGAAUGAAGUGUUAGUUUUAUUUCGAUAUAUACAAGGUAAAGAUAUAUUCGAAGCCUUUUAUAAACGUGAUCUUGCCAAAAGACUUUUGCUAAACAAAAGUGCAUCGUUUGAUUAUGAAAAAAGCAUGCUGACUAAACUAAGAAAAGAAUGUGGACCUGGGUUUACCGGUAAACUUGAAGGAAUGUUUAAGGACAUAGAUUUAUCUCGCGAUUUCAUGCGCUCUUUUCAAGAUUCAAAAGCAUCCGAAGAAAUGAAAAGAUAUAAAAUUGAUUUUUCUGUUAAUAUCCUAACACAAGGGUUUUGGCCUACUUAUGCGCCUAAUCCAUGUAAUUUACCACCAUAUAUGACACAAUGUCAAGAAAUUUUCAAGGAUUUUUAUUUGAGUAAACAUAGUGGUAGAAAUUUAAAAUGGCAAAAUUCUUUAGGGCAUUGUAUACUAUCUGCAAAUUUUCCACUAGUAUGUUGCAAAUUGGUGGUAAGUUUAUAUCAAGCAGUGACAUUAUUACUUUUUAAUAGUUAUGAAGAUAUAUCACAACGAGUAACCUACGAAGAAAUAAAAGAAAUCACAGGAUUGGAUCAUAAAGAUCUUACACUUACACUUCAAUCGUUAGCAUGUGGUAAAACACGAGUUCUUACCAAAUUUCCAAAAGGAAGAGAUGUCAAUAAAACGGAUAAAUUUGCUAUUAAUGAAAAAUUUGAUGUUCAAUAUUAUCGUGUCAAGAUUAAUUCGAUUCAAUUAAAAGAGACGCUAGAAGAAAAUAAUGACACAACAGAACGUGUAUUUCUUGAUCGUCAAUAUCAAGUUGAUGCUGCAUUAGUUCGUAUAAUGAAAAUGAGAAAAUCAUUAACUCACAAUGAAAUUGUUACUGAAUUAUUAGGACAAUUGAAAUUUAAGGCCAUGGUUUCUGAUAUUAAGAAAAGAAUUGAAUCGUUAAUUGAUCGUGAUUAUUUAGAAAGAGAUCCUGAUGACUCAUCGGUAAUCAGAUACUUGGCUUAG